GAGUUAAGCAACGAUCUAAGUACUUAGUUUCGUACACGCACGUACACGGAAGAGCGAGCAUCCAUGGCGAGCUCCGGCCACAUGGUCGUCGGCGUUGGUGGACCUGAUGAGCAGGAGCCGGUGCCGGUGCCGUACGUGCUGUCCUUCACGGACCUAUGCUACAGCGUCAGCAAGCGCCGGGGCGGGCUGAUGGGCUGCCUGCCGUCGCGCGGUAGGAACCAAAUCGCCAACGCCAGCACCAAGGCGCUGCUCGACGGCAUCUCCGGCGAGGCGCGCGAGGGCGAGCUGUUCGCGGUGAUGGGCGCCAGUGGGGCCGGCAAGUCCACGCUCCUCGACGCCCUUGCCGGCCGGAUCACCCGGGCCAGCCUCCGCGGCAGCGUCACGCUCAACGGCGAGCCGCUCACCGACGGCCGCCUCCGCGCCAUCUCCGCGUACGUGAUGCAGGACGACCUGCUGUACCCGAUGCUGACCGUGCGCGAGACGCUGCUGUUCGCCGCCGAGUUCCGCCUCCCGCGGGCGCUCUCCGCGGCCAGGAAACGCGACCGCGUCGACGCGCUCAUCCGCCAGCUCGGCCUCUCCGGCGCCGCCGACACCGUCGUCGGCGACGAGACACACCGAGGGGUGUCGGGCGGCGAGCGGCGCCGCGUCUCCAUCGGAGCGGAUAUCAUCCACGACCCCAUCCUGCUCUUCCUCGACGAGCCCACGUCCGGCCUCGACUCCACCAGCGCCUUCAUGGUGGUCCAGGUGCUCCGAGACAUCGCUCGGAGCGGCAGCGUCGUCGUCAUGACCAUCCACCAGCCCAGCGCGCGCAUCCUCGGAAUCCUCGGCCGCCUCCUGCUCCUCUCCAGCGGCCGCGCCGUCUACGCUGGCACUCCAGCCGGCCUCAAGCCCUUCUUCUCCGAGCUCGGCACGCCCAUCCCCGACAACGAGAACCCGGCCGAGUUCGCGCUCGACACCAUCCGAGACCUCGAGCGCCAGCCCGACGGCGCCGCGAAGCUCGCCGACUUCAAUGCCAGGUGGCACGGCGACACCAUCGGCAAGGUGAGCAGCACUGUGAUGUCGCUGGAGUUGGCCGUGGCCGAGAGCGUCUCCCGGGGUAAGCUGAGCCGGCUGAUCGAGAGCACCACCGGCACAGUGGGGAUGCCGACGUACGCGAACCCGCUGGCGUUGGAGGUGUGGGUGCUGAGCAAGAGAUCGUUCAUCAACUUCCGGCGCAUGCCGGAGCUCUUCGCGCUGCGCCUGGGCACGCUCAUGGUGACGGGCCUCGUCCUGGCGACCAUCUUCUUCCGCCUGGACGACACGCCCAGGGGCGUCAAGGAGCGGCUCGGCUUCUUCGCCAUGGGCAUGACCACCAUGUUCUACGUCAGCGCCGGCACGCUGCCGGUGUUCAUCCAGGAGCGCCACGUGUACCUCCGCGAGACGGAGCACAACGCGUACCGCCGGAUCUCGUACGUCCUCGCCAGCUCCGCGGUGUUCUUCCCGUCGCUGGUCAUCCUGUGCCUGGCGUUCGCGGUCAUCACCUUCUUCGCCGUCGGCCUGGCCGGCGGCGGCGCGUCCUUCGGCUUCUUCGUGCUCACCGUCCUGGCCUCCCUCUGGGCGGGCAGCGGCUUCGUGACGUUCCUGUCGGCGGUGGUGCCGCACGUGAUGCUGGGGUACACGGUGGUGGUGGCCGUCCUCGCCUACUUCCUCCUCCUCUCCGGCUUCUUCAUCACCCGGGACAGGAUCCCGGGCUACUGGAUGUGGCUCCACUACAUGUCCCUCGUCAAGUACCCGUACCAGGCGCUGGUGCAGAACGAGUUCGGCGACGCCAGCAGGUGCUUCGCGCGGGGGAUCCAGGUGUUCGACGGGACGCCCGUCGGCGGCAUGUCGGAGGCCGUCAAGAUGAAGGUGCUCGGCGCCAUCAGCGCCGCCCUCGGCACCAACGUCACGGCCAGCACGUGCCUCCUCACCGCCGCCGACGUGCUCAAGCAGCAGGCCGUCACGGACCUAGGGAAGUGGAGUUGCCUCCUGGUCACGGCGGCAUUCGGCUUCUUCUUCAGUGCUCUCUUCUACGUCGUCUUGCUCGUCGGGGGCAAGAACAAACGGAGAUGAUAUCGAUCACGCGCGUCCCUAGCUCCUUAAUUUCACUUUUACCUCAACAGCUAAAUUAAGCAUGCCUCUGUCAUAUCUGCAACUAGCAGUACAUUGUGGCUUUGCGCAUCUGGAUGCACAAGGGGUGAAGCCACAACUCUUCUGUGGCUCGAUCAAACAAUAACACACGAAAUGUUUGCACGCGUCCCUUUAAAAAAGAAGGUUAUUUUUUUUACUUCUA